AUGAAUCCAAUUGUUCGUUAUCAUCUAUUCCGGCACCCACGAAGAAUACCCAUAAGGUUAUCAGAAUCCAGAGUACAGCCGCCACUAAAUAUUGGAUUGGAUUUCCUUCGGAGUGUCUCUUCGGGGUCUAGGAUCACGAGUCUGGGAGAGGACAAACUUGGUUCUCAGUUGAAGAAGAAGAAAAAGAGCGGGAAGAACAUUGAUCGAAAAGAGAUGGGAAGAGAGCCAAUUACAACAGAUGGUGGGGGAAAACAUGGAAAAGACAUAGAGCAAUACCUGAGCCACAUAGAACGGACGGCAACAGAGCCAAGGGAUGAAUCCCUUCAUAACUUCAUCCUCACACAAGUGGAAAGCAUAAACUCCACCACGCGCCUCUUUUAUCUUUCACCUCUUCAUCCCGCAUCUAACUCCUCUCCCAAACACCUCACCUGGAAACCCGGACAAUGGAUCGAUCUCUAUCUCCCUGGAAUACAGAGACCUGGGGGUUUUAGCAUUGUGAAUCUUCCUCCUUCUCAAUCUUCCCCUUCUAUUGAUGACUUAAAAGAAGAGAAAGAAAGGGGUAUCGAGUUAGCAAUACAAAAGCCCAUCUUAAAACUAAAUUCUGGGGGGAAAAUAAGUGAACAGGUAGCCUGGUUAUUUCAGCCUUCAUCAGAAAUUCUUGGAAAAGGAGUGGCGGUUAGAAUUGGAGGGUCAUUUACCUGGCCCCCUUCUUUUUGGGAUGAGAAGGGAGGCAAAGGGUAUCGGAAGGAGCGGGUAGAAAAUGGAAACAGGGUGGUGUUUAUAGCAGGUGGAAUGGGUAUCAAUCCUUUAAUGAGUAUGAUCUCUUGUAUUCAUGCAGAAUUGGGAGAGAACGAAAGGAGGGAAGGGAAGAAGGCACAAGGUAAAGAAGGAGAUGAUGAAACUGAAGGAAGUGAGAAGGAAGAUAGAUGCGAGAAUCUUAAGGUAAAAUUCCUCUACAGUACCAAGGUACCGACUUCCACUCCAGCAGAAGACGAGCGAAGAGAAGGAGAGGCAGAAGAAGCAACAUUGUUCCUCGAUCGUUUACAAGAAAUCUUCAAAGAGAGGGAGCAAUGGGAUUUUCAGCUUUUUGCCACCAGCUCCCCCCACAACACUACCGAGCUUUUGAAGACAAACGCAAAAUCAAACAUUGAAACCCAUCAUCGAAGAAUAUCCAACAAGGAUAUCGACCUUGCGUUAGGAACAAUGGAGGAGAGAUCACGAACGAUAGUUUAUAUAUGUGGACCGCCCACUAUGACUGAUUCCAUGGUUUCUUAUAUUCGAAAUCUUCCUGGGAUAGACCCCUCAAGAGUUUUGUGUGAGAAAUGGUGGUGA